GGGUCGAUGAUAUAAAAAUAGAAAUGACGAAUAAUUUGCCAAGAAAAAAAAAUCAUGAUAUAAGAUUUAUAGCUACUGUUUGUAUUUACUGUACACAUUCACGAAAUACGCUUGUUUGCGUCGGACAAUACAAAUGAAGAAAUAAUCCUAAACCCGACGCAAAGUGUAUUUCCAAUAUUUGUGUGAAGCGAGGAUCAGUUACGAGCGACAGACUAAUCGUGCGGAUCGUCAGGACGACGUAAUAAUAUUUUAAUAAAAUUCUUAGUAUCGUUAUCUUGCUCCGUGUAGCUACUGCUGGCUUUUCUGCGAAAAUGGUUUAGAAUUGCCGUGCAAUUCAAUUUACGCGACCUGCUUGUUUCGCGAGGAAAUAUAUAUUUGUCUUGAGGAGAAUUACAAAGCAACGACUUCUGUCUGUGGCUGACUUGGAGAAUUACGUUAUAAAUACAUUUUUAAGACCACGAAAAAUAUAAUGGAGAACGAUACGAAAAUAAAAUUAAAAACGAAUUUAGAUGUUAAUAUUCGUAAAGAAUUAUACUCGAGUUCUAUCUCACCCUCGACAUCUGGAGCUUCGAAUUCGGAUUCUGUGAGCUCAGCGGAUUUUACGUGGAAAAAUAAUAUAGCGAAUGAAAAGAGGCGUAAGAAAUUUGUAAAAAAAAUGAAAAUUAUAUUCUACCCCCUAAAAAAUAACGGUUGUCUCAAUAUUCCGUUGGGCGAAGGCAAAAUAGAUGCAGCAUCCGACAACGUUAACAAGAGCUCUGUUAAAAUUUCUCAUGAGGAAUCUUCGAGUCCUUCGGUUUUCGAUUCUCCCACAGAUACGUCGAGUUCCAGCGAUAGCAAUUACAGCUGUAAUCAUUCGAGCGAUGACAGCGAAUCCGAUAGCACAGAAUUAGCAUCAACUUCCUCAAGUAUUUCCAAAAGCGGCUCGUGCGAUUCGGAUUAUUCGGAUAAUGAAACCAUAAGCUACAGAGAGCACCGCAAAGUCAAGGAAGACUCGUGUGUUGACGAUCAGAUGGAAAAUGAAAAAAUAAAAAAUGCUACGCCAUAAGAAUAAAGAAUGUUCGACGACAACAAGAUAAGGCGUAACUGUGUAUUUCUUUAAUUAAUAAACUUCAUACUCAAAUUAAAUACAA